CUUCGCAUCUAGACUGGAGUCAUGUUGAUUCGAUUUUGCCGGGUUGAUCUGAGAUGUAGUGAAGCCCUGCAUAUUCACAUAGUCACAGCCUUCUGCUGAACGGCACUGCCUCCGAGAGCAAGAGAUGAGCUUCAGGAUCCAUACCACGACCGACUUUCGCAGAACCUAUCUAAGUGGUUCCCUAAAGGAAAGGAAAGAAGGCUAUUCUUCCGAGUUCAAGAGGCAUGAGGCAUGCCUUCUCGUUGGCGCCCACUCGGGCUGCGCAACGCCAUCUACAACGAUUCCAUUUGCCAUGCGGAAGCCAUGCACAACUCAACUGCUCGGAUUAGCAUGUGCGCAAAGACGAGUAGCUUCUAACACACAUGUAAACGACAUCACAAAGCUGAAUUACCGUUGUCUCAUAGCAUUUGUCCUUUUCGCCAAUGCCGGGUCCAAUACACGAGCAUUUGGUGGUGACGAGGACCACGAACUUGCAGGCGCAUAUCGAGCCCGGUGGAUGUUAUGCGCGCCUUCGCUCCCAAGGUUGGUGUUGAAGGACACAGUUGGGAUCCACCAGUUCUUGUGCAGCUCCAGUCCAAUACAGAAGGAGCUAAUUAGGCGAGCCCGCUCCGAUCCCCAAGCCAAGACUUGCAGCUGCGACAACGCGAGCACGACUGCCAAAGCGCAACUGUACACUCCACCAACGACAAACAGCUACACCGACCCGCGAGGCCAAUUUACGAGCCUGGAAGAGUUGCAGCGCGCUAUGAAUCGACCAGGUCUGUUCCUCCUCGAAGUCGUUUGAGCCCGCACCUACACUGCUGGAAGCCCGCCGCCUUGCGCAUACGUGCCUUACUCCCGUCCUACGUCUCCGUUCGUUUGCGCACUGCAGCUGCGUUGCAGGAACCUAGGAGACGCCACGGCAAAGUGCCAUCUAGAGCUCAGCUCGAACCAGCUUUCACUCCAACCCUCGACCAGGAGGUCAAACACUACGAAACAUUCCCACGGGCAUGUUUCAGAACCAACAGAAUAGCGCCCGCGGUGGCCCGCUGGGCGGCAACAGG